AUGCUUUUAAUUGCUGUCGUCACAAAUAACAAUUCAAUUUCACAAGUUUAUGAACAAGAAAUAUUUACAAAUCUUUCAUCACUCAAUCAAGUUUAUUAUCUUGAAUUUGGUUAUGCACCAGUAGAUCCAGUAGGAUCUUUACCUUCAGUGCCAAAGGCACAUUUGCAUUUGAGUCGAUCAUCUCGUCAUCGUCAUCAAAAACGACAUUAA